AUGGGAACCAUUCUACCCUACGCAGCCGUGCAUCCUAAAACUUCAAAGGGUCGGGUGUUUGGGAACCUGACCAUUUGUGGUCACUCUUUUAUGGCCCGGACACGAUCUGAUCAUCAUAUAUACCGGGUGCCAUCCCAGCCGUACGUACAAAUUACACCAAAUUCCGACAUGAUCCUCAUCACCCUCGUGUCCGUGAUCGCUGUGGCAAGUGCCACCCGGUACCUGGACCCAUUGAACGCCCGCAUAGUGGGUGGCGCCCAGGCUGACGAGAACGAGUGGCCCUGGCAGGUGUCCCUCCAGUCCCGAGCCUACUCCUUCUUCCCCUGGUCCCACUUCUGUGGCGGCUCUCUGAUUGCCCCCAACUACGUCCUCACAGCCGCGCACUGCGUGGAUGGACAGGGGGCCAGAAACAUCCGAGUUGUCGCCGGCUUACAUCGCCAGUCCUCCACCACAACAGCCCAGGCCAUAGGAGUGUCUAGAAUCAUCAUGCACCCGGAUUAUGAUGGUAACGGAGCGGGUUUUCCCAAUGACAUUGCCCUUCUGGAACUGAGUGGAGAGGUGACCUCCAACAGGGCAUCAACCAUCGCUCUGGCCCGGGGGACCAGCAGCUUCAUCGGGAACCCCGACUGCUGGAUCACAGGGUGGGGGAAGACGUCGGCAAACAGUGGGAUAUCUGAGGUUCUAAUGGAGGCUCGAAUGGAUGUCAUUGGCAACGGAGACUGCUCAAACCAGUGGAGGGACAUUUCCGGUGCAACCAUCUUUGAUACUCACAUCUGCUUACAGGCUGAAGGCAAAUCAGCGUGCAGUGGAGACUCUGGGGGACCACUGGUAUGCCGGGAUAAUGGGGCCUACGUCUUAGCCGGAGCUACGUCAUGGGGGAUUACCACUUGUGAGGGAUACCCCAGUGUCUAUGUCAGAGUCAGUAAAUACCUGGACUGGAUCAACUCUAACAUGAACUGAAACACGUGUAUCAUAAACUGGUCUCUUUAAAAUAAAUCAUUAAUAAAAAG